AUGGACGACUCAUCGUCCUCGUUUGAUGAAAGUAUUAUUAGCGAUGGUGGUGAACUCAAGAUUGAUGAUAAUGAUCAGCGGCUAUCGCUCAACAGUCUCGACUGCGCUGGAGAAUCCGAAAUGUUCGAGGCUCCUUUGGUGUCGAAGAGUGGGCAUCAUCGUGCCUCACCUACCGACUACAAGAAGGCGGCACGACGAUAUGCCAAGCGGGUUUCUUCGUUGACCAGUGAACUAAGGAAUCGUCUUGUGAACCAUUCGGAUGAUUUGAGGAAUAAUGAGAAUAUUAUGGCAUUGACGAUAAACAAAUUACAACCGGAUUCUGUGGGCUUGGUGGGGAGGGAAGAGGAAAUCAAGCUCUUGCAAUCGUGCUUGUCACGCAUGACAAAUGCAAAUGACGAUAAUGAUAACAACAGUGAUGCAGAUGAGUUUGCAUCAUCGUCAUCCAGACAGAAGGAAUUAAUAUUUAUUCAGGGCUACUCGGGGGUGGGGAAGAGUACCUUGGCUUACACCUUGGACAAAGAAGUAACAGAUAUGCAGCAUGGGAUAUUCUUGAGGGGGAAGUUUGAUUUUUCAUCAGACGAACCUUAUGCUGGCAUUGCCAAAGUAUUUGGGGAACUCUUUUUGACGAUCCAAAUACGUCAACAAGAGGACAAAGGGGGGGAAUUGAUUCGUUCUAUUGGUGAAACAAUAAUUUCGGAAUUGGGAUCCGAAGUCAAGCUCUUGUCAACAUUAGUCCCAGAGUUUGAUAACAUUGUUCCACCGCCUGAUGACGGGGAUAGCUAUGAUGUUCAAAAUUUUGAUUGGGAUGCCGAACACGAGAGGUGGAAAUAUGUCUUUCGAGUGCUAACGCGAGUGAUGAAUGCUUUCUUCUCACCCAUGGUAAUGGUAUUUGAUGACCUACAAUGGGUGGACGCGGGGUCCCUGGAAGUUCUUCAGUACCUCGUUUCCGACAUGAGAAAUUCAAAUGCACUUAUGAUUAUUGGAUGCUACCGAUCGAAUGAAGUCAACGAGAAGCACAUGUUGUCACAGGCGAUUUACGAUCUGUCAACAAAGCAACAACGGUAUGGAUUCAACAUGACAAACAUUAAUCUGCACAGUUUCGAGCUGAAUGAGGUCAAGCAGAUUGUUACGUCCAUCUUGUCGAUUGACAACGAACGACGAGCUCAAAAGCUAUCCGAGAUUUGCUUCAAGAGGACCAAUGGGAAUCCCUAUUUCUUGAUUGAAUUUGUGACCAUGCUCGAAGAGGAAGGACUUAUCACCUUUAGCCUUGGACUCAUGGUGUGGACAUGGGAUUCCGAGAAGGUCGAGAAGGAAACAAUGUCGACUUCCAACGUUGUUCACUUGUUGCAAGCCCGAAUGGAGAAGCUUUCUCGGAGUUAUCAGCUUCUCCUCCAAUAUAUUGCAUGCUUGGGUUCCACCUUUCCCAUUAAUACCGUCGAUAUAAUAUGGAAUCAGCAUGCCCGCAGGGAUUCGGGACAUCUGAAGGCACAAGACGUGUCAGCAAUGCUUGCAGUACUAGCCGAAAAGGACUUUAUUGAACAGUGUGGGCAGAAAUCAUAUAGGUGGGUACACGAUAGGGUGCAAGAAGCCGCACUUUUGCUAGGCGAUGCUCGAGGCUCUGCCUUUCAGUAUGAAGUCGGGCUGGUGCUCUUCGAAUGUCUGGACGGAGAGGAGCUCGACGAAAAUGUCUUUGCUGUGGCCAAUCUAAUCAACAAGGGUAAAGUCCAGAGAUCAGAUUUUGCAGCUCUAAACCUCCAUGCCGCGGAAAAAGCGCAAGGGAUUGCCGCCUUCCAUAGUGCUUCCAAAUACGUUUCUGCAGGGCUUGAUACACUACCAAAGGAUAAAUGGGAAAGCCAAAGGGACCUUACUCUUCGACUGUAUACAAUUGGGACAGAGACAGAGCUCGCCUUGGGUCGAGUGGAGAAGAUGAAGAAGUACAGCAAGGAGGUCUUGUCACAAGAAUCCUGUUCCACUCUGGACAAAGUGCCAGUGUACACGGCGAGCUUCCACAAGCUAUCGAAUAUUGACAUGAAAUACAAAGAUACCAUUCAAUUUUGCUUGACCGUUCUGGAGGAACUCGGAGUGGAUCUUGCUGCCAAAGGGCCGCUCCACACUACCAAGACGAUUACGAUAUUCCGUCGAACCGUGCGCAAUGCAAAGAAUACCCCCAUUUCGACCUUUGAAUCACCAACGAUGAUGGAGGAUCCUAAGCAAGAGGCAACCAUGCAAUUUCUUUUUCGACUGUUGUAUGCCAGCUAUCUUUCCAAGAACAACUUGCUCCUUAUCCAAUCCACCACUCGUAUGAUUCAGAUUACCCUGGAACACGGUGUCAGCAUGUUGGCUGGUCCUGCCUAUGCCCACUUGGGCCUAGUGACAGUGGCGCUGCUUCAUGAUUACCAAACUGCAGCUUUCUUCGCCGAGACUGCACUGGCAAUCCAGGAUUUAGACAAGGGGGAUCAUUUUGAAGCCAACACGCUAUUCUCUUGCUACAACCAUGUUCUUCCGUGGACAAAGCAUCUAGAAAAUUGCUUCGCUCCUUUUGCGAAUGCAUACACAUCAGGUAUGAGAACAGGCAAUUCUGAGUAUGCUAUGUGGGCUUCCAUCAUGCGGCGGAUAUUUUUGAGUUUUCAUCUUGGCAAACCGCUCGGAAGAAUACUAGCCAAGUGCGCAACCUGUGCCACGCAAACAGAAGAACUCAAGCAGCAUGACCAAGAUACCUUCUUACGAAUGUUUUGGCAAGUCAUUCUAAACCUGACUGGAAACUCUAAUUCCACGAAAACACUUCAUGGCGAGGCUUACAACUCCGUCAAAUUCGUCCGAAAGACGCCGCUGCACGAUGCCUUGCACAAUCUUGCCAAGUUGGAAUUACUUCUAUUCUUUGGGGACUACGCGGGAGCUGCAGAUCUAUCUGUUGAAUGUGAUGAAUCAUUUAGCAAAGCCUUUCCUGGUUUCUUCUUGUGCAUGAUGGAGACAUUUCACCGAGGCAUUGCACUGUUUGCCAUGGCUCGAAAGACAAAGCAAGGAAAGUACAAACGUCGAGCCCGUCAGAUUCUGAAAACUGUAGGCAUCUGGAGAGACAAGGGAAAUCCAAAUGUCGAGCACUAUUGGAUCUUCCUAAAAGCCGAAGACGAAGCACUCCGGCGCAAGUACGAUUCGGCGAAAAAGCUCUUUGUCGAAUCCAUCCGGUUGGCAGCUCGCAACGGGAAUUUGCACCAUGCUGCACUGAUCAAUGAGCGCUAUGGUGAUUUCGUAAAAGAAGACCUGAAUGAUGAUGAAGAAUACAACUAUCGAUUGCACGAGGCGAUUAGAUUCUACCGAGAAUGGGGUGCAUCCGCAAAAGUUGACCUAUUGAUGAAAACAACGAGUAGUUUGAUGGGUUAA